AUGACAACAGCAACACGACAAGAAGUUCUUGGCCUCUACCGCAGCAUUUUCAGGCUUGCAAGGAGAUGGCAGGCGGCAUCAGGGCAGAUGGAAGACACCGUCAAAGAAAAACAGUAUAUACUAAAUGAAGCUAGAACCCUGUUCCAGAAAAACAAAAAUCUCACAGACACAGACCUGAUUAAACAGUGUAUAGACGAAUGCACAGCCAGGAUUGAAAUUGGACUACAUUACCAGAUUCCUUAUCCUCGGCCAAUUCAUCUGCCUCCGAUGGGCCUUACCCCUCUUCAAGGUCGGGGACUUCGAAGCCAAGAGAAACUGAGAAAACUUUCCAAACCAAUAUAUCUCAAAUCUCAUGAUGAAGUUUCCUAAUCCACAAGAAUGGGAAUUAUGAGCCAGCUAGGUCUUGAAUGUAAACCAGAUGCCAAAACAGUUUUUGAUUAGGGGCAAAAAUUCAAAUAUCUUUUUAAAACCUCCAAAACUGAUUCUCACCCCAUGAAGUGUGUUCACACAUCCCUAGAGUUGGUCAGGGAUAUGUCAGUUUGCCUGAGUGGAUGGCAUUAACCCUAGAAGUCAUGAACCUUAUAUCCUCACUAAAGUUACCUUUGGACACAAUACAGUGAAGGACGGAAAGCUUUUCAUGGGAAUGCUGUUUACCACAUGUGCCAACUGAUGCAAAAACCUCAACCAGUUGCUGGAAUUUUUUAUGGUUACUAUAAAACUAUGUACCUUGCUCAGACUUUUUUUUUCAAGUUACAGAUUUACUUUUAAAUGGAGUGUUUUGUGUAUGCUUUUUUUGUCUUUUGACCCUUCCAAUUUCCAGAUAAAUUACCUUU